CUCUUCCCAAUUCUUCCUCACAUUCCAAAAUUCCCAAAAUGGAACUAAAUCCCCAACUUCUCUUUUCUUUCCAAAAUCCCGAAGUCAGCAUUUAGAAUUGGGGAAGGCAGAUCCCUAGUUGAAACCAGCACAUCAGCGGCGAACCCUUCGGUUUGGAGUGAGGAGCAGCGGCGGUUCCCUCUCCGUCGAGUUUCUCUCACUCCCGUGAAUUUACCGUCAAUCACCAAGUUUAUCGGAUGUCUCUUCCGGCGCCACCGAUGUGUCGGCCCUCUCUCUCCGGCGAACCCGUCGUAGCCACCGCCCCUUUUCUCGCGGCGGAGGGUCAUCGCCGGCGUGUUGGGCUCUCGCCCUUGCUCCCAGCUGCUCGUGGAUGUUGCGAGCAGCAGCUUCCCCCGUUGCCGCUAUCUCGCGCUGUUGCUGCUGGUCUAUUCCGGCAUCGGCAUCGGCGCCGUUCUGUUCCUUUACGGUUCAAUCCCCAUUUCCGAAAGCUAAGUUCAUUGCCUUUAUUCCUCUGAGCUUGGUUUAUUACUCGUGGGUUAUGGGCAGUCGUUAGGUGUGUGCAUUCCUGAGCAGUACCAAAGCUUCCCCCAAAUCCAUGUCUGCUCUUUUCUUUUUGCUACUGCUAUGGUUAAUGGAGGAAAUCGCGUAUAUAGGCCACUUGGCCUUUAAAAUAACGCAAAUGUACCCAUUUUGUUAUCAAUUCCAUUUAUGGGAAAAACGCCGAUGAAGUUGGCGUGUUCAUAAGUAAAAACGCCAUUGAGAUUGGCGUGUCUAUACUGUAAAACGCCAUAUGUUGGCGUUUUACAAUGACACCGUAUUCUGCUCGUAUUUUUAACCAAAAUACUUAAAUUUGAACACGCCAAUCUGGAUGACGUCUUUACUAAAUAAAACGCCAAGUUCAUUGGCGUGUUUAACUUAAAAACGCCAACCUGAUCGGCGUCUUUACUAAAAGACGCCAACACCAUUGGCGUCUUUGUUCAGAAGCAUAUAAUAGCAGCAGACAGUCGCGAAAAAUUAACCUCACAGACCAAAUCCUUCGCAAAUUUUCUCUAGCAGCGGCCAAAUCCUUCGCAAAUUCGUCCGUGUCUUUGUGAUUUCGCCCUCCAUUCAUCAAUUGGUGCUAGUUUUCCCCAAAUUCGUCCAAUUUAUUCGGUUAGUAUGCUUAUCUUUUACAUUAUUAGAGUAAUUGUUGGAUACUUAGCUAGGGUUUGUAAUGUGUUGCGAUUUGAGUUGAAAUAUUGUGCAUAUGGAUUAUUUGUAUGACGGUAGUGUUCAUAAGUAAAAACGCCAUUGAGAUUGGCGUGUCUAUACUGUAAAACGCCAACAUAGUUGGCGUUUUACAAUGACACCGUAUUCUGCUCGUAUUUUUAACCAAAAUACUUAAAUUUGAACACGCCAAUCUGGAUGACGUCUUUACUAAAUAAAACGCCAAGUUCAUUGGCGUGUUUAACUUAAAAACGCCAACCUGAUCGGCGUCUUUACUAAAAGACGCCAACACCAUUGGCGUCUUUGUUCAGAAGCAUAUAAUAGCAGCAGACAGUCGCGAAAAAUUAACCUCACAGACCAAAUCCUUCGCAAAUUUUCUCUAGCAGCGGCCAAAUCCUUCGCAAAUUCGUCCGUGUCUUUGUGAUUUCGUCCUCCAUUCAUCAAUUGGUGCUAGUUUUCCCCAAAUUCGUCCAAUUUAUUCGGUGAUUUAUGGCAUCUUCUUCAACUUCUCGUCGUCGGCUCUUAUGUGGUCCUGAGGACCCCUCCGUAUUAUAUCUGCAGAGACAACACGUCUCUAAUAACAUAUGGGCAUGAGUGCCAUCGGAAGACGUACGGUGUAGAAGAUACGAAGGAAUCAUAUGGGAUGUUCCCAUAAAUCCUCGUGUUUUGGCGGUUAUAGAUGAGAUGGGGUUCGGCGGGAUGUUGAGGUGUGGUCAACCGAAAGACAUUGACCAACAUCUUAUCACCGCUUUGAUUGAACGUUGGAGGCCAGAGACUCACACGUUUCACUUUCCAGUCGGUGAAGCGACUGUGAGCUUAGAGGACGUGGAGGUCUUAUGGGGCCUCAAAACUGACGGUGAGCCUCUGACGGGUUACAUCCCCAGUAAGGAUGUCAACUAUUGGAAGGAUGUUUGUUUGGAUUUUCUUGGCUUUAUUCCAGAUGCAGUUGAUCUAAAAGAAUUGAACUGGAAGCAGACAAGCUUAUCAAAUCAACUGCGGAUUGAGUUGAGUGAUGACCACGAGCAAUACAUGUACAAUCAACGUGCUCGUGUGUAUUGUCUGCUGUUACUGGGUGGUCUACUGAUCCCGAACGCUACCGGUAAUAAAAUUCCCUUCUUCUACCUUCAGUUUUUCAUGGAUAUAGAACAAUGUGCUAGCUAUAGCUGGGGAGGUGCGACUCUUGCCUGCUUGUACCACAAUCUAUGUGAAGCUGCACUUGGUAAGAGGACCGAUGUCGGGGGAGCUCUUACAUUGUUACAGCUGUGGGCUUGGGAAAGAAUCCCAAUUAUUAGACCGCAGAUGCUGAACCCCGCGCCCGUAGACUACUUACCAUGUGCAGUCGCAUGGACUGGUCGGGCCUCUUAUGUAAAAGCACCGGGGCAUUGCAUUGAAACUUUCAGAGAUCAGUUCUCAACAAUGCAUGCCAAUCAGUUUAUUUGGAGGCCGUAUGAAUCGCGAAAUCUGCCGGAUGUUUGUGUUGCCGGUCGUCCUAUAUGGACGUCGAUGACAACACUAAUCUGCUGGAAUAUGGUUGAGCCACACAUGCCACAGCGGGUGUUGCGACAAUUUGGGAUUGUCCAACCUUAUAUCCCGAUUGUCGACCGGUUCCACGGAUCUGAUUUUACGAAACAGGAUCGACGUGGCAAAGCAGGUCGGAACUGGGUUCAGUGGCACGCCAAUCAUAUACAAGAUUGGCAUAAUAGGCACGACACGGUGUAUGUUGAUUUGGAGUACUCAAUGGUGCCUGUUGCUACCGAUGAGUACAUAGAUUGGUUUCGCCGGAUAACCGUGGUGUACCUAACAAAACCUGGGGUGCAUUCUCAUGAGGGCUUCCAUGAAACGGCGGCCUCUCAUCACUACGCGGUGGAGACCCUUCACAAAAUACGCCACUUUCUUAGGGAGCAAGACAUGUCAGGACGGCCGGAUUUAUUCACCAUCUCGAGAAUGGUUGAAGAUGGCCUCCAGAUAUGUGGGGAAGCUGAGACGAUGGACCACCGUCCUUCACAGCGCUCUGAGCUGGACCUUGACAUGCCCGUGCGGCAAAAAGCGAAGCGGCGUGGAAAGAAGAAAGUUGGUGGAGAGUCGUCAUCAUCAAGGAUGGAUACCCAGUUGGUUGAUGAUUCUGAUGACGAUUUUGUGGCUUCACCUCCACCAAGAUCUGCCGUGCGGGGUCGUCACUCAGUCAGCCACACGGGUGGUACAGGAGAAGAUUUCGGUCUCAGCGAUCAACAAACUCCACCUCGGUCUUCUGCGAGAGACGACAUUGAUUUAGAGAAUGCCGUCGUUGAAGAUACUCCUCCGUCUAGAAUCCCUAAGACCAGCAUCGGGAAGGGAAUCCGUAGUCUGUUUAUGCGUAAAAGGCGAGACGAGUGAACGUUGCCCGAACUUUUUAUAUUGGUGUUUUUACAUUGAUUUGAACGCUUUAUAUAAGUAAUUUGAUAUAUUGUAUUGAUAUUGGUGUUUUUUCAUUCAUUUGGCGUAUGUAUAUUAGUAAUUUGAUAAA